GUCCUAUGUAGCAGCUUUUUUGAAAAAGCGAGAGCAUUAUAAUAUUGUACUUAUAUGUGGAUUAUUAUUACGUUCUUGCCUGUUAUGUUUCAUCGCUAUUUUACAUGUCUCAAAACUUUGUUCAAUCAUUAAAAAGAAUGUGAGAAAUGCUUCAAUUUUAUUGUUUCUGAAAGAAAGCUUGAUAUUGUAUGGCUAAUCAUUAAUAUUCUAUUGUAUAUUAUUUUAAUAUAUUAAAUGUAUUGAACCAUUAAUCAAUUCGAAUAAAUCACCUUCAUCAUCGUCGUCAUCAUCAUCAAGUCGUGAUUUAUUCAGAACAAAUUUAAUAAAUAACCAAUCAAAUCUUUCUACUGUUAAAGUGAACCCGGUGAAUAGAUUACUGAAACGUAUAACAUCCCCAACAACUAUUAAUUCCUUAUCUUCUAUUGUUUUUUCCACUCCCUCUAAUAACAAUCCAUAUAAUUUUGAUCUUUUAUAUAAUUCUCCUACUUCAUCCAUAAUUUCUGAUGAAGCUGAUCAUCACCAGAUGAUCAUCACCUCUACUACUAAUACUACUAUUACUACUACUACUACUACUACUACUACUACUACUGUUACUGCUGUCCUUCCUAUUCUUCCAUCUUCUUGUUGUAAUACUAUACAAUCAUCUAUCAAUAAUUUAACAUUCAAUAAUGACAAUAGUACAAUAUCAUCAAGUGAUUUAUUAUUAUUUUCAAAAUCUGAACAAAAAAAUCUUACUGAUUUAUGUAUUCAUCAUCUUAAUAACGAGAAUGAUGAUAAUAACCCUAUCAUUAGUUCGCCCAAUUCUCCAAUUUUCUCUAAUCUUAUAUGGAAUACUAAUCAUACUAUAAGUGGUAAGAAUAAAAACCAUAACAACGAACGAGCAGCUAUAUCAUCAGUGAAAAAAGAACAUACAAUGAAUAAUAAUAAUAACAAUAAUACUAAUAAUAAUGCUUCAUCUAAUUAUUCUACUAUUAAAGUUAAUUCAAAUGAAACUCCAACUAGUUUAGUAAAGCAACCAGUUCAUCCAAGAACAACAUUAAAAUGUCCGUUUUGUGAUAAAGUAUUCAGUAAUUCUAGUGCUAUCGCUAAACAUAAGCUAACACAUAGUGAAGAACGUAAAUACAUUUGUAUUGUAUGCCAUAAAGCUUUCAAACGUCAAGAUCAUUUGAAUGGUCAUAAGUAUACACAUGAAAGUCGUAAGCCGCAUGCGUGUCAUUUCUGUGAUAAAUCAUAUAGUGAUUCACGUUCACUUCGACGACAUUACGAAAAUGCUCAUCCCGAAGAGAAUGAACGUUGGAUGUUAUUAUGUCAAGCAACAAAUGGUGAUACAAGUGCCUUAUCUAUCGCUGCUGCUGCUGCCGCCGCUCUACUUUCCUCAUCAGCAGCGGCGGCGGCAGCAGCUGCAGCAGCAGCUACGACAGGACUUGAUGCUGAAUCUUCACUAUCUCGCGAUGGUGGUGGUGGUAACGCUGAUGGCAAUUCCAAUAAUGAUAAUAACGCUUCGUCGUUAGCCAUAUUGAAUGCCUUGAGUAAUAGUACAUCGGCAUCGUCAUCAUCUUCAGCUGGCAGUACUGUUGUUGUUUCUUCUGCAAGUGUAAAUAAAUUAAUUGAAUUGGGUAAUCAAACUGGCCUAUCACCUGCUGCAUUAGUCGCUUUAGUCGCUUCUACAGGUUCUACAUCGGGUCUUUCUUCGAGCUUACAACAGUUAGAUCGUUCUAAUUCGUCGACUUGCGUAUCUAAUGGUGCGAAGUCAUCAAAACAGUCAAUAUCAUCGACUAGUCAAAAUGCUAGCGAAAAAUCUCUACGUUCUAAUCGUUCGUCAUCAUCAUCACCGCCAUCACGAUUUGUUUGUCGUUCACCGAACUCCUCUAAACCAUUCUCUCCAAAUGAUAAUAAUAAUGAUAAUAUGAUGGAUAUCAAUAUGGAAAGUGAGAAUGCAAUAAAUUUAAUCACUGAUGAGUUAUCGGACACCACCACUACAACAACAACAACAACAAUAUCAACAACAACUGGAACACUGACACCAACCAUAACAAAUACAAUUUUUAAUAAAACAUUAUUUACUAAUGAUGACAGCAUUAAUCAUCUUACAAAUACUGUAACCAUUAAUAAUUUUUCCUUGAAUCCUAUUGAAGUAGCAAACGCUGCUAAAGUUGCUUUACUUAUGGCACAUCCAUUAGAAGAACCAAAACGUGUAGCAUGUGCUAUCUGUGCGAAACGUUUUAAAAAUCAAUCUGCUCUAAAUGGUCAUAUGCGAUUACAUGGUGGUUAUGGACCGGCUGGUUUAAUUGGAGUGAAUAACACCUCCACCACCACGACAACGACAACAGUAACAACGACAUCACAAUCAAAUCAAACCUAUACUGCUACUACUACUAUUGAUAGCAGUAGUAAUGAUAAUCAAGAAAGUAAUAAAGCAAUACAUUUUAAUUUAUUGCAAACAAGCUCUGAUCAUAUCAAGAAAAAUAACAAUGUUUCAGAAUCCAAGAAAAAAAGCUAUUCAACAUCUAGUGAUAUAGACCCUUUGAAGUCGUUCAGUUUAAAAUCUCAUUCAAAGGCAUUUACAGCAUCACAAAAUAGUUACGACUCUGUUUUAUCAAAUAUUGUUGGAACAAAUACUAGGCCUACUACAUUUGUGAUGACUACAGCUGCUUCUUCAAAUCCUUCCACUUCGACCGAUUUGUCAACAACAAGAGCUACUAAUACAACAAUAACAUCGAAUAAUUCCAUUAAAAAUGUCAAUUCACCUAGUUCCACUCUAUUUGACUUGGUUAAUACACCAUCGAAUACUUCAGAUUUGAAAAUGCAGUCGUCUAAUAGUCAUGAUCAUCGUCAUCAUCCAAUGAAUAGUAAUAUUAGUAAUGAUAAUAAUACUUGGUCAUAUCCACUUAAUAAACAAAUAUUAGAAUCAUCCUAUAACACUUCAUUAAUUGAUCAUUGUUGUAAUAGUCCUAAUAUGUUAAGUCAACAGCAAAAAUCACAUUUAACAUUUGAUCAUCAAACUGAGCCUUUAUCAAAUACUGUGGUUAGUUGUCAUCAUUGUCAACCUCAUCAGCCUCUUUCAACAACAGCAUCUUCAACAUCUAUUCAUGAUAGUUUAUGGUUAUCACAACAUGAUGAUCAUACAUCAGGACAACAACAACUGUUUCGCAUAAAUUCAUCAGAAUUUGAUCAUAUUGUUGAUAUUAUUAAAAAAGAUACUCAUACUACUAAUAAUACUAUUACUGACAAUGAUAGUAUUAAAAAUCGUCGUCAUGUACCAGUUGACGAAUCAUCUGUGUUAAAAUUCAGUUCAGCAUUUUCUUUAACCUCAUUGGAAAAAACUACCACACCAGUAUCAACAACUACAUCGAAUAGUAGUUGUUCAUUAUUAUCACGAAAUGAAGAGUUUCCUCUGACAAUGAACACAUCAUUUCCAUCUGAAACAGAAAUGUUAAUAACAGAUCAGAGUACAACGCCAUCAAUAAAACAUACAUGUUUACCAUCAUCAAUUCAUUGUUUAUCGAAUGCAAUCACUACUACUUGUAGUAAUAAAUUUGUUAAUUCUUCAUCACAACGAUCUGAAUUAUUUGGUUUAAUGAAUAAUGAUGAUUGGUGGCAUCCUAUUUCAAACCAUACAAGUAGUAAUAAUGAUACCAAUGUACAGUAUCCAAUAGAUAUGCAUAUAUUUGACCAGAAAUGGUCAUCUAUUGAACAUAUCCAAUCAUCGAAUAAUAAUAAUAAUAAUUUAAAAGUGUUGGCAAAUUUUCAAUUAAAGAAUACUACAAGUACAACUGCAUUAUUUGAUGAAAAACAUAUGAUACAUACUACUAAUAUUAAUAAUGAUAGUAACAUUAUGCCACCAAAUAUUCAUUUGACAUCAUUAUUAAAACUGAACAACAACGAACCUCCUCAUGUCUCAUCAUCAUUGUCGUCUUCACCACCACUAUCAUCCUCCUCUUGGUCAACACAACAACGAAAACAAGCUCAUAAAUCUAAUUUUCACCGUCCAAUACCUCAACCUUUACAAUUAAUCAAUGAACCGAAUUAUCAAACACAACUUGGUAUUAGCAGUCAAUAUUCACCAAUUACACCGGCACCAAUGAAUAUGUCUAUGCACACAUUAACAACAGAAUGUGGAGGACCUACUAACACUACUAUCUCAUCAUCAUUAUCAUCAUCAUCGGUUAAUAUAACAACAAUAACGAACUGUAUCAAUGUUGAUUCAAAUUUAUUUAUUGCUGAACAUCAACAUCGUCCAGUAAAUAAUAAUGUUGAAUGUGACAAUUCUAACAAAUCUUCAUUGUCUAUAUGUUCUUUCGAUACUAAUCGAUUAGGUUUGGGAAAUUUUUCCGAUUCAUUAUUAUUCCCUUCAAUGUAUAAUAAUAAUAAUAAUAAUAAUAAUAAUAAUAAUAAUAAUAAUAAUAAUAAUAAUAAUGGUAAUCUAAUCAUUACUGAUAAUCCUAAUACUAAUAAUAAUUUUGUAGGUAAAAUGUUUUCUCAUAUUGAUUCAUUCAAUGUUAAUAAUAACAGUAUAAAACCAUCGGAUAUUUCUAUGAUUCCAUCAAUGAAUCCUACAUUAUUCAAUCAUGAUCGUUUAUUGAAUAUAACAACACAGAAAAGAAAUUUAUCAAAACAUCAACAUUAUCAACAACAAAUAAAUAGUCAACAAAAUCAACGUCAUCAUCAUCAUCAUCAUGAUCAUCAUCAAUAUCAACAAUUGAAUGAUCAACUUAAUAGUAGUAAUUGUCAUGAUAAUAAAUUAUAUGAAUCAAAAAAACCUAAACAAUUGAUUGAUCAUAUUGAACAACAUCAAAAUCCAUUAAAUAUUUGUCUUUUACCAUCAUCAUCAUCAUCAUCGUCGUCGUCAUCAUCAGUUCAGUCAUUACAAUUAAACAUUCCACCGUCAAGUUCAUCAUAUUACCCUAAUCGUCGUCCAUAUCAUGAACAAGGAAAUGGUAUUGAUCAUUUUAAUAAUAAUAGUACAAAUUGUCGACGGAAUACAGAACCAUCGUUACAUACUUGUUCUCAAUAUUCAUAUUAUCAACCUGUUGUAAAUUCAUUAGGAAGUAUGGAUUUUACACGUCAAUCCACACAUGAAUUUAAUAAUACUUCUGCAGUGCGUAAUAAUGAUAGUAUUUUUAUGCCUUCCACAUGUAUUUCAUUACUGAAUCCAAAUUGUUGUUCUGUAAUGAAUAUGACAUUAUCAUCAUGUUGUAAUUCAUCAGCUAAAACAAUAGCUACAACAACUUCUUCACUGUCUAUUGCAACAUCUUCAAAUUUCAUUCAUGCAAUCAAUGCAACUAAUACUACUCAUGGUUGUAGUAGUAAUCAAUACUCAUUAUCAGUAAAUGAAAAUAAUUGCUUUAAUUUAAGUCGAAAUCGAUUACAGUACAAACAACCACUCCUUGGACCACCAUUAUCGUCCACGUUGCAUCUUGAACAAGAACAUCUUUAUUCUUUUCCACCACCACCACCACUACCACAUCAUCAUCAUCACUACCAUCACCAUCAACAACAACCAACAAAGUAUCCAAUUAUGUCAUCCACCUCUUCCUCAUCGAACCAUGGAAUUUAUUCUUGUUUGGAUAAAAUCGAUAAUUGUCGCUUUUUCAAUGGAUCCGAAUUAUUAUUGCACAAUCAACUUAAUCAUAUGAAUGGUUCUAUACGAAAUCCUAAUAAUAUAAGUAAUAAUACUACUAAAAAUAAUGUUAAUAAUAACGAUCAUAAUUACAAACAUUUAUUCCGUCGUAAUGAACAACCGGAAUCAUUUACAAAGCAUACAUCUAGAAGUCAUUGUUGUUUAACCUGUUUAGAACUUGAAAGGAAACGACAUAUUUCUGCACCAGCAGUUAAUAGUAUUUCAUCACAAUCCUCUUGGCCAUCAUUAUCAUCCUCAUCAUCUUCAUUAUCUGUACCAUUAUCAUUAUCGUCCCAUAAUUCAUCAAUUUCACCAUUAACCUGUCAUGGUAAUCCACAGUCCCAUUUACAAUCAUCAGCUUUAAUGAGCCAUAAAAAUGAAUUUAUGAAUAAAUCUUAUUUCUGUCUACCGGAAUAUCAUAAUCAUCAUUAUCGUGUUCAUCAUCAUUAUCAUCAUCGCGGUCAUUAUUGCAAAGGUACUAGUUUUAGUGAAGGAGUUGCUGGUGAUCAACCGUCAAGUGAUGUGGUUGCCGAAUUGUUAAUGCAAAGCCAUAUUACUGAUCCAGAUGGAUUAUCAUCAUUAACAUGUGAUAUGCAUAAUUCUUGUCCAACAACACCAGAACUGUCGUUAACUCCUGUCCCAUCACCAGCACUAGCACACCAACCACCACUGCCGUCACAACAUCAAAAACCUUUAUUAGCAGCAAGAUCUGCAUCGGAAACGGUUGACCAGUCAUUCUCUAUUUUAGAAGAUGAAUGUUUAUAUCGACCAAUAAAUAUUAUGAACAACAUGUCAAGUAUAUUUCCAACUAAUAAAAUGACAUGUAUUCCAUCAUCGUCGUCAUCAUCAUCAUCAUUUCUAGUGCCAUCAUUAUCACCGGCAACAUCACCACCAGUAUUACCGUUUUCAUUAUCAUCGAUAUCACAAGAAGAAGCAACAUCUUUCUUUUCAUGUACCGAUUCACAUUUAAUGACUAAUUCAUUUCGUUCUAUGGAUAUAGAAGAUUUAAGUAUUGAACAACAUCAACAACAGCACUUUUCGAAAGUGCCAACUCAUCAUCAUCAUCAUGAACAACAACAUCAAAAAUUGCCUAUCAGUUUACACCUUCCAAUUACUUCUUCAUAUUCAGUGUCCAAUUUAAAUCAGUCUGAAUUAUUGGACCUGACUGUACCACCAUCGAUUACACAAAAUAACAAUAUGGUCAACUGUGAGGAUCAUGGUGAAAUAAUCAAAAAAACAACAAGUCAGACAACAUGCAAUAAUAAUAAUAAUAACACUAAUAAUAAGUAUCUUUGCGAUUCAGGAAAUGAUUCGGUUGCAGCAAAACUUUCCAAAUCAUUAGCUGAAGAUAAUUUAUUCCGUAAUCCAACAGCGUUACCGCCACCGAAAAAAAUGAAAAGUAAACCAGCGCCUAUUUCAAUUCCUCCACAAACCGGUGCAAAUUUGUCAAGAUUACGUUCUCCACGUGUAUGGAGUUCAAAACGAUCUUCACUUAAUUCUAGUCCUCCACCAUAUACACCACCUCCAAUGCUCAGUCCAAUCCGUCAAGGUUCUGGUUUAUUUUCUUCAUUAUCACGAUGGGUGCCAACUCCUACAGCAGUAUCAGGGGGAGGAACAUCAGUGACGACGUCGACAGGAGCUCGUUCUGUUGGAAGUGGUACACUGAUAAAUCGUCGAUUCUCAAGUUAUUCUUCGUCGAUCUCCCAUCAUAAUGACUCAGAAAUUACUACUAUUCCUAUUACUUCUAAUAUGUGUGCCACUGGCAGUGGUGGUCAGUUGAAACGACGUCAUGCAAGUAGCAGUGGUACUAGGAGCACUACCAGUGAGAUUAGUACUUCGAAUCAGAGUAUUAAUAUGGUAGAUUCUAGUAAUAAUAUAUCUACUGGCACUACUAAUAAUAAUAGUUAUGACAAUAACAAUACAGGCUCAAUCACUGACUUAUAUAUGCGUGAUAUAAAUCGACCAAUAGCCUAUACACGUAGACGACGUCAACAGCUCACACCUAAGUCGGCUCCUGUGUUAAUUCUUAACUGUAAUACGACAAAGAAUUCGGCAAAUCAAUCAAGAGAUCUUCAAGACAAUGAAUUAUCACUUCAAUCUCAACAACAACAAUUCUCUAACACUGAUACCGUAUUUGGUUAUGAUGAUGAGACUAUGCGCCGUUUUGCGGAAGCUGAUGAAGCCUAUCGGUUAAAUAGACAAAAACAACAUCAAGAUAACCGUUAUCUGCGUCGUCGACAUGAUACUGAAAUAAAUGCAUAUAAUGAUCAAAUCAAUCAUCAUGUUACUACUACUACUCCUACCGAUGAUGAUAAUAAUAACAGUAAUGAAUCAAUUCUUAAUAAAACUGAUCACAGUUUCAACUUUGCUGAUGAACAAUUGUUAAAUUUUGAUUUCGAAAUGAAAACUAAGGAGACAAACUAUUCCGAAACCACACUACAAUUUAAUAGCGAUGUUGAAUUAGACUCGGAGCAUGAAAUGGAGGAUGAAGAGGAUGAUGACGAUGAAGAAGGUGUUCCAACUAGUAUUAUUCCGCAUAUCAAUGUUGGUCACGCUUAUCAAGCAGAAAUUCCUGAUUUUUGUCAAGAUGAAAUUAACAAAGAAUCAUCAUCCAAUUGGGAAAUGUUACUGUGGUAUCCAGCUUAUCUUGAUGAACAUGAUCCUAAGAAUAUAGAAUCAUUAAAUUUAUUGACAAAAAUUGCCUGUUCACCAGCUGUACGUAAUUGUGGAUUAAAUAUGGAAUAUACAUUUCAUUUAUUAUGUAAAUAUAAAGGGGAUGUAGAAAUGACAUUACAUGCUUUAUUACGUGAUACAUUAGUUGUUUAUGAUUAUGUUUAUGCUGAAACUACAGCUUGGACAACUGAAGAGAUUGUACGCUUUCAACAAGGUUUAGCUAUGCAUGGGAGAGAUUUUCAUCAAGUUUCAAAAGAUUUACAAGCAGCUGGAAUGAAUAAAACAGUUAAAGCUUGUGUAGAAUUCUACUAUGUAUGGAAACGAAUGAAUACACCAUCUGAUGUUAAAUGAAAGACAAUAUUGAAUAGAUAGAUGGUGAACUAGUGGUGAUAUUGAAAUGAAAAGAAUUUUUCUAAUGAGAAAAACAAAAAAAAAUUUUUUUUUAUUUGUCGUACUAUCUCCAUUAUCACGUUUAAACUGGUUACAAAUAGUUGUAUCUCCUUGAUCUACUUAAAUUUAGAUAUGGAUCAGAAAUAGAUUUGGUUUGUUCAGAUGAGAAUACAUCUUUACUUGUUUAUAUGUUGUGUAUAUGUGAUGUGUGUAUGUGUGUGCGUGUGUGCGUGUGUGCGUGCGUUUUGUAUAAACAUGUUUAUUUUAUGGGUUUCUUUUUUUUUUAACCUGUAAAUAGCUUUAUAAUAUACACAGAGUGGUUGAUUUCAAUACAUUUUUUUUUAUUCUCAUACACUGAUCAGUCAUUAAGCAGGUAUCCAUAUCAUGGUUAGAACUUGAUAGUUUCUAAUAAAUUGACUAUAGGGUAGAGAGUUAAUAAUAUAUAUAUGUACAUUAUUAAUGGUUGAGAUAAUGAGUCAAUUGAAACUAGACACCACCAUGAAAAACCUAGAAGCACUGGAUGGAAAUUUUGUCCUUCUGUAGGACUCUUCAGCAAUGCGUAUCCAUGAUCCUGCAUCGUGAGAUUCGAACCCAAAACCUAUCAAUCUCGCACAUGAAUGCUUAACCUUUUUAGACCAAUGAGCUAGCUGGCAUUUAGCAGUGUUAAUGUGUUGAGCGACAUAUCCACCAUUAUCUUCAUACAUAUGCGCCACACAAAUCUC